AUGGAAAUCUCCGUUAACUCCGUCUCGCGUCUCCUGAAGCACCCAAACAAGCAGACCACGCACGUAAUUGUGGAUGACUUCACUGACCCCUGGGUAGAACCGGAGACGAUCCUCAUCCAAGGCGGCUUUGCACGACAUUCCGCCUUCUGGUACCAUUGGAUUCCGUCCUUGGCUCGGUCAUAUCGAGUGAUUCGACGGGAUACUAGAGGCCAUGGCAAAUCAUCCACUCCAAAACCAAGCGACAAUUACGACUAUAACCUUGAUACAAUAUUAUCUGAAAUCGUUGACACUCUCGACCAGCUCUGUCUUCAGAAAGUCCACUUCAUUGGAGAGAGCACUUCCGGCAUGCUAGGGGAAGCAUUUGCCGCAAAAUUCCCGAAUCGGUUGUUUAGUUUAACUAUCUGUUCAAGCCCAACAUAUCUACCACCUGCUGCUCUGGAACUAUUUUCUUUCGGACAUUCUAGCUGGUCUGAGGCAUGUCGCAGACUCGGUUCUAGAGGGUGGGGGGAGCAUCUUGCCCGCGUCCCAGGCACACUCUCAGCGAUAGAUUCCAAGUACGAAGCUUGGUGGAUAUCGAAUAUUGCACUAAAUUCCAGCGAGGGUCUUGCGGGAUACGCCGAAUUUCUCUCGUCGUUGGAUACACGCCCUUUGCUAUCGGAGAUCUCAGUGCCGAUGUUAAUCCUUGCUCCAGCGAAGAGCGCGGCGACUGGUUUGGAGGAACAGUUGCAGAUUGCGAGACAGGUGAAAGGUUCGAAGCUAGUUAUUAUUCAUGGGGCGGGGCAUGAGGUUUAUGCUGACAAGCCUGAGGAUUGUUUGGGGGCUUUUAAAGAGUUUUUGUUUGAUUUGGACGUCUGGGGUUCUACCGACAUUUCCUAG